UCACACAUACAGAGUCAGUCAGAAGUUCAAUGUUGUCCCUUAUUAGGGAAGCGGUCCUCAUACACUACCCCCUUUCACAGUUGUACCACCUCUCUCUGGUCCCUGGUCCUCCACCCUCAGUAGAAGCUGCUGUAUUUCCUGUAGCUCUUUGUCUAAGGGAAGUGCUAAAAUAAGCACUGGAGUGCCUGGAUACAAGCACAUCUCUUUCCCACCACUUUUUUGCGCUACUCUGAAGCAACCGGCUUUCCUGGUUGUUUUUGGCUGUUAGAGAAGAACUGUGCCAUGGAUAUAAAGAUUUCAUACUUCCUCUUUUCCUGUGUUCUCCUAUGGACAGGUAGUGAUGGGAAUUCUAAUGGAACUACUAGUCCUUCACCACCCAGCAACUUCACUACAGCUGCUAAUAUUAGUGAUCCUUUACCAAAUGCUUCGAGUACCAGUUCACCUAUAUUAAGUUCUUCAACUACAGGAAAUAUUAUGGAAGAUGGGGCUAUAGCACCUACGACUGAACCUACAUCCUUUGUCAAAGUCACAUCAAGCUUAAAACCAGACAAUCAGACUGGGAAUUCCUCAACUGAAAAGGAAAAUACUAAUUCUACCACCACCAAUCAGACAAGUCUGUCAAAAGAUUCAUCUACCAGACGUCCUGGUUCAGUAACAACACAAAAACCCAAAUCAACAUCAACAUUACAUAAUCAGGGGUCCAGUGGAAAAAGCAAUGAUGAUCAAAAACCUACAGAAAAUUCAGAAAAGAAAUACCUAUGGAUUUUGUUGCCUGUCCUAUGUGUUCUGCUGGCAGCAGCGAUAUAUUUGAAAUCCAGGUGCAAAAAAGUCCAGCAUCGACCAGAGAUGACUGACAAUGGAACAGAAAACGCUUCUUUCCAGAGGACAGACAGUAACAAAGAUGGUGUUAUGCUGUUAGGAGUGAGUAAGACAUCAGGUGGCGAGGACAACGCUUCAGCAAUAUGAGUAGCAAAGAAGACUGCAAACAAAUCUGAAGCUGCUUAUUGUUAGCCAUGGAUUUACAAACACUGUUACUCCUCUUAGAAAUCAACAACCAAUGAGGACAGAGGAAGUGAUGAAGACCUGGUGAUGCAUUUAUACAGCGAGUAUUUCUGUUUGAAGGAAACAAAUGUUCAGAUACACUAACAGACUUUUAGAAUGUAAUCUUCACUGUUGUUUAUCCUAGCAUCAAUUUAAGUGAAAGUAGUGUGGAAAGGCUUUGGUGAAUUUAAAGUGUGAAACUGCUUGUAGAACAGCGUUUCAACUUGUGACAUACUUGUGCAUAAUGUCUAUUUGUUGGCUGUAUUUCCUAGUUUGUCAUGAUGACUGCCCUUAUUUUAAUCAUUCACAUCAACAAUUGCUCGCUAUGUUUUUAGAUGCUUUUCUUUACAGCAAAAAGCGUUUUUUAUUUUUAUACUAUUUUGCUUAUACUAUAUUUUAUACUUUUGUUCUUUUUUUAAUGUUCAGCCAGUCGUUAGAUUGACGGUGCAUAAGAUGCUAUUAAGUAUAUGCUGUAUUAACCAUUACUGUACAUGAUUUCAUGGUUUCAUGAAGUUGACAGGCUGAAUUGUUAAGAGAAUAAACUAUUUGUCUUUAUUUGUUUUGUACCUGUUAUAGAUAUAGUUUUGAUCUUAAAAGUCAUUUUUUGAGAUUCAUCUGUAUUAUCUGUCUAUGUGUGUGUUUAAGUGACAGCUUGAAAUUUUUCCUUAUUCGUGUGUUUUUUAAGAGUCGUUAAAAGGAUAGUUCACCAAAUAAAAUAAAACUUUUGUCAAUA